AUGCGCUCACGCCAAUCCCUUCUGCUGCUGGUCCUUCUGGCAUUUGCUGGAUGUACACUACUCUAUCUCAGAAAUCAAGCAUCAUACGGUCUAGGAGUCUCUACCCCUCAUUCUCCAGUCGAUGGAACGCCAGAUCGCAAAGAUGCUCCAGCGACAGCCCCGACCACCCCAAGCCCCCCUCGAUCGCCAGCUUCGCAUCCAGUAUGGCAGCUCAUUAGCGAUGCGGAGAAGGACUAUAGGGCGAUGCUAGGGCGCCAAUCGAAGACGUUGGAAGAAGCAGUUGCGGAAUACAGACGGCGCUACGGCAUACAUCCUCCCCCGAAUUUCGACAAGUGGUAUGAUUUUGCGAAAAAGAAGAAUGUCCAGUUGAUCGACGAGUACGAUUCCAUUCAACACUCCUUGAACCCAUUCUGGGGGUUGAAGCCCAAGACAAUAAGGGCGCGGGCACAAGAGGCAUUAGGGUUUGAUGCGAACAAUUUAAUUGGGGCUUUGAUACGGAAUGGAGCGGUUAAGAAGAUCGAUGGAGGAGGAGAAUGGCAGAUGGAUGCGACGGUGGGCAUGAUGAAGGGAUUUAUAAAGUACUUGCCGGACAUGGACCUCUGUUUCAACAUUCACGACGAGCCGCGAGUAGUGAUUCCCUUUGACGAUAUGACGAGACUGAUGAAGACCGCAAUGGAGGUCAAAAAACCAGCUGCGAAAGCUGUAGUGGAUGCCCGAAAUUCAUGGUCAAAGAGACCAUCAGACCUUAGUGAUGGCUCCCGCUUUGCAGAUGUCAGAAAGACCCGGUUCAACGUCUAUGCCCACCAGCCUACAUGGACAGAGUCAAGAAUAUCCUGUCCUCCAGACAGUCCUGCCCGGGCAGAUCUUGAAGAUGGGCCAAAAGUGGACAAUUUCGAGAGCUACGCAGUUGGAGAAUUAGGAUUCGUGUCCAACCAAACAGCAUUCUCGGAUAUCUGUCAAUCUCCCUCUUUCAGCGAAACAUUCGGCUUCUUCGAGCGCCCCAAUGCUUUCAAUAUAGUCCACGACCUCUUCCCCGUCUUCUCCCAAUCCAAAAUCUCCUCUUACUCUGACAUCCUGUACCCCUCCCCCUGGUAUUGGGCCGGCAAAGUGCCCUACACAGAGUCCGACGACAUGCCCUGGGCGCAAAAGGAAGACAAGUUCUGGUGGCGCGGCUCUACGACCGGCGGAUUCAGCAGAGACGGCGGCUGGAGACGCCAACACCGUCAACACGUGGUGCAAAAAGUAAAUGCAGGCGACCAAGCCAAGAUUCUCGUUAAUAACGGGCAAGGAAACGAGGAACACUGGGAGGUGAAAUCACUGCCCCGCAGCGAAUUCAAGGAGAUCAUGGAUAUUUCGUUCUCGCACGUCGGGCAAUGCGACCAAGGUGACUGCGAUGCACAGCGUGAAUUCUUCGAUAUCAAGAAAAACGCCAAGCAAACCGAAGCAUGGAGUUACAAAUACCUGCUCGACAUGGAUGGGAAUGCAUUCAGCGGCAGAUUCUACGCUUUUCUAAAGAGCAGGAGCUUGGUGUACAAGCUUGCUGUGUUCAGGGAGUGGCAUAAUGAGUGGUUGAGACCGUGGGUCCAUUUUGUACCGCUGAGCUUGAGAGGUGAUGAGUGGGUGGAGGCUGUGCGGUGGUUUGCGGGGGAGCCAUCGGGGAAGAAGGAGGCUGAGAGAUUGGCAUUACAGGGCCGGGAGUGGGCGGAUAAGGUGUUGAGGAAUGAGGACUUGGAAGUGUGGUUUUUCCGACUACUGCUUGAAUACGGCAGAUUGAUCGAUGACGAUAGGGAGAUUAUAGGCUAUACAACGCCCUCUCUUUCCACAUCUAAAUCCACACCAGCGGUAUAA